UCUCAGGAAAAGUACACGUGAGCGCAAUAAGAUCUAGAAGGCCGGUCCGGGGCACCGCAGCAUUGAUUGUGAAAAUGUUUCUAAAGAACAGGUCUGUAUAAGAAGCUAAUGUGUGUCGUAGCGUAGCUAUAAAAUAUACAUUACAGGACUUUCCAAUUGGCUAAAAUGUAUUGUGGACCAGUAGCGCUGCGAAGCAUUAACUUCUCUCACCUCAAUUGACCUUUAUCAUCACAUCGCACCAGUGUCGUCAGCCUCUUCCACCCCAAGUCCACCAUGCCGAUCGAGCUGGCCAUGCCGCUGUACCUGUCGCGGGACGACUACCACCAUCGAAUGGGCCUGAAGAGGGUGGAGCCCCUGCGCCCCUGCCUUCCCCGCCCCAUCCCGCCCAAGCCCGAGGAGCCUGGCGUCGCCCCCGGCAACCGUGCCAGAGCAAAGAAGCAGGUGUCCUUUGCUGACCACAAAGGCCUGUCCCUGACCGCGGUCAAGGUGUUCUCUGAGUUUGAGGACUCCAUCGACAUCCCGCUCAGUGUACGAGACCUCCUGGGCUCCAUGACGGGUCUGUCGCUAGGCGGGGUGUGGGGCGGUGCCAAUGCCGGGGGCGGGAACGAGCUGGUCCUUGACUUUGCCCAACCCUCCUCGGACUACCUGCUCUUCCGCCAGCGCCUGGAGCAGCAGAGCGUGUGCCUGGAGCACUGCACGCUGCAGGAACGGUCGCUGACCGGCACCAUCGCGGUCAAGAACCUGGCGUACGAGAAGGCGGUCAAGGUUCGCAUCACCUUCAACACCUGGAAGAGCCACACGGACGUGGAGUGCAGCUACGUCAAGGACACCUACGCAGGCGCCUCCGACCGCAACACCUUCUCCUUCCAGGUGGGCCUGCCCGAGAAGCUCCGCCCCCAUGAGCGGGUGGAGUUCGCCAUCUGCUACGAGGUUGACGGUCAGGCCCACUGGGACAGCAACCAGGACCAGAACUAUGGGAUCGUCCGGGCGGCGCUGAAGAAGGGGUCCGGCGACGGGCCGACCGGUGACCAGCGGCGGCAGAGCCUCGGGGAGCUGGGCGUUCACAUCGACCCGUACGGCAGCCCCCGCUGCUCCCACGGCAUCUUCCCGGACUGGCCCAGCUACGCCACGUUCCAGGACACUGGACCAUACUACUGAGAAAGUGCCUCCAGGAAGACAACUGCAAUAUUCGCUACUAAACUGCAGCUAUCAGCGGUGACUGUUGCUAAAUCUGCAUCUCUGAGGUGGCUUUUUAGCCCUUUGUAAAAUGACUGUGGCAUGCAGUUCUGUGCUCUAGUGGUGGACAGAAGUUUACAUGUGUCCUCCAUUAGAGCAAAUCUUAAGCCACCUGCUGUUGUGCAAGGUCAUCAACAUGCUGAUCUAUCUAACAGGAAAGGGACAGGACAGAAGUGCAGUAUCAGGAGCCAUGCUGAACGGUCAACUUGACCAGACGUGGUCAUCAUGGUCGAAAGCCUGUGGCCAAUCGGUAUCGGAGCCGGGUGGUCAGGAGCCAAAAGGACCAUAGGGAACCAGAGAGGAAGUGGCAGAAGAGCACUCUGCCCAGUGCAAUACCUUAAAAUCCUGUGUUGUAAAUAGGGAACACGCAAAAGCAAAGCCAGUAUUUAAGGACCUCCGGAGGCUCGGCAGCUUCCUGCUGUUUCUGUGGGAAUGACGGUGGUUAUUUUAAUUCAAAGCAGGGCAAAAGUGUGUGUCGUGUCACACUGCAUCUCUCCAGCUUUACUCGUAUACCUCCCUUCCAACGUAGAGUUUGCCCUAUACCUGAACCCACGACUUUCUUGGAGCAAGACUGAGCCAGGGGUGCUGGGUGUUGUGUGUGUGUGUGUAUGUAUGCAUGUGAGAAAGAGAGAGUUAGCACAGCGCGGAAGAAUGUUUCACUUGACUAUUAUGUCUGCUGCUAUUGACGAUGGAUGCAUUUAGCCUGGGCAACAGUUGCUUGAGGUGAAAAUAGUGUUUAUGCAAGUCCCAAAGAUGUCUUGUGUGUUGUGUGUAGUGGUGUUACAGGCUGUGGUGAAGAAUCCAGAACCCACCCACUUCUAGUUAAAUGUGCCGACAGUUAGGCUGUGUGGCACAACUGUGACAUUCGUUUAAAGAAUGAUGUUUCCGGAUAUCCACAGUGGGUGACAGGAAAGUUGAGAGCCUUCAUUAAUAAUGAGUUAGAACUAUAUCAAGCUUCUUUUGUCUUAUGCAAUGGGAGCUAGGUCUGUAGAUGUGCAGCUUGUAUACGUGACAGGAAACCAUGUUUCGCAGCGAUCUCUGUGGGAUGUCAUUCUGUAAGUGGAACCAAAGGCUAAUGCAUUGUAGCUUAGCCCUCCGCACCAGCUACUUCAUCCUUAGAGACAUGCAGCACACUGGAAAUAGAUUGGCAGCAUGUUGUGACACUUCACAGCAUACGUGUAAAUAUACAAAUUAUUGCCACACUCAAAUAGUGCAGUAUAUAUGUUUUAAAAUAGGCUGCUGUGAAAUUAAUUUGCCUUAUUUUCAAAACAUUCAUAAUAUUGCAGUAUAUAUAAUUUCUGUAAGGAGAGAGAGCCUGCCAAUACAGCAAUUCCUCAACUGGAUUAGUGGUGACGUAACCGUGGACCUGCUAUGUACCGUCAGCUUUAACUGCCAUCCAGCCCUACUACAGAAAUUGAGGAGAUAAUCCAAUGUUGAGAGCUGCAGGAUUUUAAAUAAUUGUGCCUUGAGGUCCUGAACGGUUUCACAAUGUAAAUGCAUUCAGGUGUGACUCUCAUUCUGGUACUUUUAGGUUCCUUUUUGGUGUAAAGUGGACUUUGAGGUUCACACCGGUGGUGAUUGAAUGCUUUUAGAUUAUCACACCAGAGCAGGUCACCAGCGUGUGCUUGUUGGGUAUCAUUCUGCAUAUGCUACCAUAAUCAGAGUUGUCUACAGUAAAAUAUUUUCUAGAUAGCCUCAUUUGAUGGUCCCUGAAUAUGCUACGCUUCAUUUCUGGUGGUAUAGCCUCAGAAAAUGGAUCUCCAUACGGGUUCCUGAUAUAGCUUUUUUCUUACAGGUUCCUGCUUGCAGGGUCUUUCUGUACAAAAUGCAAAGGGUCAGUUUUGAGGUAAGAUUACCUUUGACACAACACAAAUAUGCCAUUAAUGCAUAUUUGCCUUAAUUAAAUGUUGUUAAUUGAUUUCUAUGACACCAGUAACUUGCAGUGUGCCUUUUAAGGAUGUGGCUCAAGGUUCUGAACGUGUUUCACUUUUAUUGAGUGUAGUGCUUUAAACAUGAGACCCGCUUGGAAAAACGAUGGGCCGAUUAUCCUGAGUUGUGUAAUGAUGUCAGGAACUGAAGAAAAUGAAAGUCAUGUCACUGUUAAUAAGCUGUUUAUUGUGUUCCACUGGUCCAAGAACACUUUAAUAUUGGGAGUGUUCUUUUAUCCUGUCGGAUUCAGAAUGGAUGAAAAAUUAUUGCAUCAAAAAAAAUGCUUAACUAUUUUUAAAAGAAUUAUUACUUGAAAAGCAUUUUUAAUUAUUAUUAUUGAACAAAGGUAUUGUGAGAUGUAAUUGUAUUUGGCGUUACGGGCAAUUAUGAAAUGUGAAGUUCACAGUUUGUCUAAAAAAAAAAGUUAUGCUUUUAAGAGUUUGUAUGGUGUCUUUAGUUUUACGGUGAUGGUUAAGGUAAUGUCGUGCAUCCCCCCCCCCCCCCCCCCAUCACAAAAAUAUUACAGAAUAAUACAACUCACUAUGAUUUUAAUGCUUGUGUAUGUUUUAGGUAUGGAGGGAAUUGCUUGUUUCGUGUAGUAAUGUGUUAAUUUAAGUCGAAAUUUGCCUUGCACUUUAUAGGAACCCAAACACUAAUUUAUGGAAAAUAAGAGAAAAAAAGAAUGUACGAUAUUCAGAAAGAUUAGGGUCAUUUUGUAGUUGAGGCCUGAAUGCAAUAAUUGUAUGUUCAGUGGUGACUGGUGUUCGUUCAGUGGUGGUUUAAUCUUCAAAACGUAAACUUUUUGUGUUAACCCUUUCACUGCUUAUUCAGAACUGUUUCCAUUGCCUCAUUGUUUGUGUUCAUGCUGGUUAUCACUACUUGUUGCUACUUUUUGUAAAUAAAGUCACUGAUUUUGAAAAUA